ACUAUAGUAGUCCAGUCUGAACACUAUAUGACCUCAGUCAGCAGGACGCAGCAGGCAGUCCCCGACACACACACGCUCACGCACACACACAGGACACAAUAGGCUCUACAGUGCAGACGCUCAGUGUGUGGUACCAGAACCAUGGAGGAAGGACCUUACAAGUACAUCAGGGAAGGCAAUGGAAAAGUCAGUCGGGUGAUCAGGAUCGGGACCCGCAAGAGCCAGCUGGCUCGCAUCCAGACAGACAGCGUUGCUGACAGGCUAAAAGAACUCUACCCGGAUGUCCACUUGGAAAUUGUUGCCAUGUCAACGAUAGGAGAUAAAAUCCUCGACACAGCUUUAUCAAAGAUCGGUGAAAAAAGUUUAUUCACCAAAGAGUUGGAGAACGCCCUGGAGAGGAAUGAGGUCGACCUGGUGGUUCACUCGCUCAAAGACCUGCCCACCACACUUCCUCCAGGAUUCACCAUUGGAGCUGUGCUGAAGAGGGAGAACCCCCACGAUGCAGUGGUGCUGCAUCCCAACAACGCCGGCAAAACCCUGGAGACGCUGCCAGAGAAAAGUGUGAUUGGCACUAGCUCACUGCGUCGAGCGGCUCAGCUGAAGAAGAGAUUCCCCCACCUGGAGUUCAGAGAUAUUCGUGGGAACCUGAACACGCGGCUGAAGAAGCUGGAUGAAAAGCAGGACUUUGCUGCCAUCAUCCUGGCUGCUGCCGGCCUCAAGAGGAUGGGCUGGGAGAACCGAAUCAGCACGAUCCUGGAGCCUGAAGACUGCAUGUAUGCUGUUGGCCAGGGAGCUUUGGCAGUGGAAGUUCGGGCCAGAGAUGCAGACAUCCUGGAGAUGGUGUCCGUCCUGCAUGACCCUGAAACUGUGCUGCGGUGCAUCGCUGAGAGAGCCUUCCUCAGACGUCUGGAGGGGGGCUGCAGUGUUCCAGUGGCCGUACACACCCAGGUCAAAGACUCCCAGCUCUACCUGACCGGGGCCGUUUACAGCCUGGACGGAUCAGACAGUCUGAAGGAAACGAUGCAGACCAGCACUGCUGCUGAUGACAAGGUGCUGCAGAGCUUGGAGGAGGUGGACGAGCAGGUCCAGAGAGUGGGAGUCACAGCCAGCAAAAUCCCAAGUGAUGCCCAGGACAGGGCUGAGCGUCUGGGCAUGGAGCUGGCUGACCUGCUGCUAAGUAAAGGUGCCAAAGAGAUCCUGACGGUGGCCAGGCAGCUCAACGAUUCCAGAUAAUCCCAUGUUCAGGGACGGGCCUUCAGUCCACAACGGCCUUGUUCCAGGAGCAGAUUCCUAAGAAGUGGUAGUCUUGUGAUGUUGAGUCUGAACCAGGAGAGGAAUUUAAACACAUCAGCGGUUUGGUGGGAGUCCUUCCUGUCUGUGGGCCUUGGUUUGUUCCUCUAGAACCUUUUCCUGACGAUCACCAGGAACCAACGCGGAGCGGCCUUUGGACAUUAUAAUCAGCAGCAUGGCUUUACUUACAUGCUGUAUGAAGUGAAGUACCUCUAAACCUAGCGUCGUCAACAGGAAGUAAACAAAUCAGUUCCUCUUUUAGCUUGAUGGUCAUUCUGACAACCACAUCUGGUGUUCCCAGAGACUUUGUUAGAUUCAUGUAGCUGAAAAAUCUAAUUAAUAUAAAUAUAAAGUCAUUAUUAUUUGUACAUUUUAUCAGUGAAAGCUGCUGACACAACCAUCCUGCCUUACUUCUUAUGUUUGGGGUGUUGAGCCACCCGACUGGAAGGAAGCGGCUUGCUGUGACUGAGUCAGCACACCGCUCGUUUUACUUUAGACCUUUUAAACACUGGAUCUGAUUUCCUGUUUCAAACUUUAACACUUCCUGUUGGAGAUAAAAGCAUAAAUCUCUUCAGAUGCACUCGUACAUGAAGUCACAUUUACAGGGGUUCUCAUCACCAUAGCAACUAGUGUGAAGCAGCCAUGUAUCUGUGGGGCGUUUCAGAAGAACAUCCAUCCUGGAGAACGUGUUUGUAUUUAAUAAUUCUAUUUCAGCUGUGGUUGAUCUUCCCUGAAAACCCCAUGAACAGGAAGUGAGUGUUCUCUCUAUCCUCUCUUUUUUAUGCAGGAUCAUGAAACCAUUGUUGAGCUUUAGUUGAGUAUUACACUUGAAAGGUAAAAAGUACAGAAAUAAUAAAAAGCCUUCCUUCA